UCACGUUACUCGCGCUUGGAGACGGAAAGAAGGUGUCGCGUGUUUGGCCGUCGUACUUGGCUGCGUUUGAAUUCGUUUGCUAAGUUGUCGAUUCGCAACUAGCCUAUUUUUUUUAUUAUUAUUUUUUAUCGAGUGAGAAGUUGGAGUGAAAAAUGAUUUUCUUUUUCCUUUUCUGCUUUUUUGGCGCUGUUCACAGUGCCUCAGAGGUGCAUCGACUCCAUUACAUUUACACGGCCUUUUCAAAGCCCGCCAGCCAACCAGGGAUGUACCAGUUCACCGCCAUGGGCAUCCUGGACGACAGGCCAAUUGACAUCUACAACAGCAAGGACCAGGUGAAGAUCCCUUUGCAGGAAUGGAUGGAAGACAACAAUGGCAAAGACUAUUGGGAGAAAGGCACCCAUUCCCGCAGAAGCAAGGAACAGUGGUUCAACGUCAACGUCAAUAUCCUGAUUGAGCGAAUGCGUCAAAACAAGUCAGAUCUCCAUACUCUCCAGUGGAUGCAUGGUUGUGAGGCGACGAAGAGGGCUGACGGAACGAUGAAGUUCCUUAAGGGUUUUGACCAGUAUGGCUACGAUGGCAAGGACUUCCUCUCCUUCGACAAUAAGGACGCGGUGUGGGUGGCCACUGAAGCCCAAGCUGAACCCACCAAGAAGAAAUGGGACAACGUGGGUAUCCUCAGCCAGUACACCAAGGGCUACCUGGAGACAGAUUGUGUGGACUGGCUGCAGAAGUUUACGGGGUACCAAGAAAAACAGGACAAAGAGCAUGGCUAUUCACUGAAACCUAAGGUAUACGUUUUCGGGAAGAAAUCUUCCAAAUCUGACCACCGCACUCUGGUGUGCUUGGCCACCGGAUUUUACCCCAAGGACGUGGAGGUGACCAUCCUCAGGAAUGACGUCGAGCUGAAAGAAAACGACGGGGUCGUCUCUUCAGGAGUCAGGCCCAAUGGAGACAGACCGGGCAAAUGGCUUUCAGAGACGUUCCAGCUGAGGAAGACUCUGGAGAUCGUGGCAUCAGACCCAGCCAAGUACAGCUGCAAGGUCCAGCACAGGAGCCUGUCAGAGCCAAUCCAUCAAGUCUGGGACGGAAAGUGUUGUAACUGCAGCCCUGGGUCCACUGGUGGUAUCAUUGCUGGCGUUCUUGUUGGCCUUGCUGUGCUGGUGGGGGUGGGGGCUGUUGUCCUGUAUAAGCUGUUCAAGCGGAGACAAGCAAUACCACUGGAAGGAAUCUCUGUGGGUUCUGGGCCCCUGGAGAACCAACCCUUAGCGGGAGAAGAACCAACACCGACGCCAAAUGGAUCACUUGGCUCUAAUGAUUCUGGGCUCCCGGAGAACCAACCCUUAGCGGGAGAAGCCGGAGGCCAAUGAUGCAGUGUGAUUAGUUUAGUCUGGUCCCAUGAAAGACUCAACCCAAACCUCAUCCAGCCAUGUUCCCAUGACAAACUCCUUUGAUCAGCAUUUUUGCAAGAAAAUUGAAAUUUUGAAUUGAAUUGAGUUGCAGAAUUACACAGCAAAGAUUUGAUCCUCAAGAAAUCAGAGUGAAAUGAAAGUGUUUCUUGACAUGAUGUACAGUGAGAGAGGUUCUGUGUGGAGCCCUGAUCUCAACAGUAUAUGAUUUAUUAAUAAGAAUAAUCAUUUUUUCAAUAAUAAUAAUAAUAAUAAUAAUAAUUAUUAUUAUUAUUAUUAUUAUUAUCUAUUUUCCAAAAUAUUCAUAGCUAGGAUUAAGAGAUAAUGAUAUCACUUAAAUGAGUGAUUAAGAAGUGUAACCCUUGAGUCUAGCCUUGAGUGAGUGCCCAGGGAGCCUCAGAUUGCGCUGUAGUAUAUAUAAUCAAUCCUAAAAUGAGCAGGAACUCGCUUCUCCACUGCGACGCGUUUCCUUCAGUAAAAAGUUUGUGAUUUAAUUAUGAAAGUUCAAAUGAAUUUGCAUGUACAUAAGGUUUCAAAGAAAUUGAAUGGAUUGUCGUCUCAAUCCAUGUGAGUGAAUGGUGUGUGUGCCCUGCGAUGGACAGGCAAACCAGUCCAGGGUGUAUUCCUACCUUUCGCUUUCGCCCAAUGUAUGCUGGGAUAGGCUCCAGCCCCCCUGCAACCCUCUGUUCAGGAUAAGCGGGUUAGGAUAAUGAUGGAUGGGCUAAAAGCAGAGGUAUGGAAAUCUUGCAUACGUUACUUAACGUAGAUGUAUAUACUCUGAAAAUAACUGCACUCAAUGUAUAUACAUUUUUGGAUUUCUGGCUAUAAACAAGCAAGUUGAGUUCUGUCUGAUCUGGAGGUAGCUCUGUUUGUUCCCCACUAAUUGGUUGUAUACUGUUAUACAGGUUGUUAUACUGGUUGUAUUGGUUGCAUUUCACAAAUUAAUCAAAUUAAUCAAAAACUGAAUAUUAAAAACAUUUGAGUGCAGUUCUUCUGAAUAUGCUAAUAAUGUUAGGCUAUUUUUUCUUAUCGGAAAUCCUUGUAUGUUCCAUUUAAUACUUUUCUAUUGGCCUAUGUGGUGUCUGUGAUUUAAUAUACUGAAAUGGUAUGAAUAAAUAAAGUCUGUGUGGCUCAUUGUA